AUGUCUCAGCCUUGUCCAAUCCUGUCAGAAUUCGACAUCAUUUUUGCUGGAGGUGGUACUACAGCUUGUGUUGCCGCAGGCCGACUAGCUGCGUGUGAUCCCUCGAUCAAGCUGCUCAUAUCCAACCCUACCAAUAUUUCACCCAUCAGGCGCCGACGAAUCGAAAUCUUCACCAUGUCCGAGACCGCUCAAGAAGCAUGCAUUGCUGAGGACUUCUCUACGGCUGUGGAGAUAUUCACACAAGAAAUAAAGGAAAAUUCCAGUAACUACGUCUGCUAUGGGCACCGUGCGAUUGCUCUUGCACGCGAACAUAACUGGGAUGCCGCGCUUGAAGAUGCAAACCAGUAUUCAGCGCUCGUCGGUAGGCUUUAUGUCAAAGGGCAGAUUCGGGAAGCGUGUAGCGCAUUCGAUCUCGCGUUGAAGAUGGCGACUGGAGAUUCAGCAAGCCAUCACCUCAUUUCUCUGAUGAAGGCUGCUGCAAUAUUCUACGCAUCGUGUGCCUUUUUUCAGACCUUUGGGUGGGACUUCCAGUCAUUGUACUCUUCCGGGCGUGCAGAAUCGAAGCACUCGAGUGCUACUGAUCGUCCAUCCCCUCUCUCUCGUUCUCGUUCUCGUUCUCCUCCUUGUCUUCUUCCCUUGUCCUGCUCUCCUCCAUCGUCCGUAUUCGUCUGA